AAACCCACGUCUACUUUUCCUCUAUAUCUCUCUCUCCCACAACCAGAUUUUCAGAACCAAAGUCUGUAUCUUUGUGAGUCAAAACCAAACAAAACAGAGUGACCCAGAACCAAAGAUUGAGACUUUAGGACUGAUAAGGCAGAAGCAGAGAAACCCAAUAUUGGAAAUGAUGUUGGAGAUGUGUAGGAGGCCAUUGGAGAAAUGCUUUGGAGGCGGAGAUGAUGAGCUACUAUGGCACAUGGACUUGAAGCCUCACUCUUCUGGGGAGUACUCUAUUGCUGUUGUUCAAGCUAACUCAGCUUUGGAAGAUCAGGCACAGGUGCUCACUUCUUCUUCUGCCACGUAUGUUGGGGUUUAUGAUGGACAUGGCGGUCCUGAAGCUUCUAGAUUCAUCACUCAGAGGCUCUUCCCCUUUAUUCAGAAGUUUUCGAAUGAGCUAGGUGGACUAUCAGAGGAUGUGAUUAGAAAAGCGUUUGAUGCUACUGAGGAGGAGUUCAUGGACUUGGUCAAGCAGUCAUGGCGUGUACGUCCAAGGAUUGCUUCUGUUGGUUCAUGUUGUUUGGUUGGCGCAAUUACGAAUGAUGUCUUGUAUGUGGCUAAUCUUGGGGAUUCUAGGGCGGUUCUUGGCCGGAGACCAAUAGAUGGAUCGACUGUGGUGGCGGAGAGGUUGUCUACUGAUCACAAUGUUGGAGUGGACGAAGUGAGGAAGGAGGUGAAGGAUCUUCAUCCUGAUGAUUCACACAUUGUGGUUUAUACUCGUGGCGUUUGGAGAAUUAAGGGCAUUAUUCAGGUCUCUAGAUCAAUCGGAGAUGUCUACUUGAAGAAACCUGAGUUUAACAGAGAUCCACUCUUCCACUUCGGUAUGCCUGUUCCUUUAAAGAGGCCUGUAAUGACAGCUGUACCCUCAAUAUUGGUUAGAAAGUUGCAACCCCAGGAUAUGUUUUUGAUAUUUGCAACAGAUGGUCUGUGGGAGCAUUUGAGUGAUGAAGCAGUUGUUAAAAUCGUCUCUAAAAAUCCUAGAGUUGGAAUAGCAAAGCGACUGGUAAGAACUGCUAUUGAGGAGGCUGCAAGAAAAAGAGAAAUGAGAUAUGAUGAUAUAAAGAAACUUGAAAAGGGCGCGAGGCGCCAUUUCCACGAUGAUAUUACUGUAAUUGUGAUAUUCCUGGAUCAUCCACAAACUUCCCGAAAUGCUACUGAUAACAGCCCUUUUACUUGCACUAGUGUUCCUGUUGAUAUCUUUUCAAAUAAUGAUGAUGAAGGAGUUGGCUUGCUUAAUACAUUUCCCUGAGAAAACCAGUCGCCCGUGAAUAUACAAUUUUUUUGUUUGUAAGUUGAGAACUUAAAAACAUAGGUUCAUUUGUGGAAGAAGGCUGGAGUCUCCUGAUUUUACACGAAUGUUUACUGUACAUAGAUUCGUAAAUGAGAGAUGGCAGCAUAGAAGGCGCUGUUGAUUUCUCAGCUCUGAGCUUUGAUCUCAACUUCAGCUUUCUCCGGUCAGUAUAUAAUUUGUUUCAAAUGAUGUAUAUCCUGGGAUGUUCAUAUCAAGCUUAUGUUACACCAGAUAGGAUCAUAUAAUCAUUAUUUUCCAUGAAAAUGAGCUUCAGCAUCAAUCAUUUCAACUGUAUCAAGCUGCUUCUAGUGUUUGUUUGUUUGUUUGACGUUCAGAUACCUAGAACUGUGAUGCUCUUUUUACAAUAAAAUUUAUGUGACCCUAACU